CAGCUAAGCUAAAAUGGUUUCACUUAAACCAAAAUGAUUGACCAUGCUUUGUGAGUAAAUUUUGCAAUCUUUUUCCUGCUUUUUGGUUUUUCCGUGGCCUGUGCAUGUGGGGAGAGUGAGCGAGUCUAUUCUGAAGUCGCCCCCACGUUCCCUUUGCACAUAUUGUGGUGGUGGGUACCCCCUUUAACCAUUUUCUGCGAAGAAGCUUUCUCGGGAAACACUCUGGAACUCCGACGUGUUGUAGUACGACGCAGUCUGCCUGCCAAGAAGCCUCCGAGACCCGGUUAGAUAAUAACAAUUUAUCUUUGAGUUUUUAGCAUCUGGGUAUUAUCUUUUUUUUGCACAUUUUGGUGAUCUGGGUCUGCCACAUUUGUACAUUUUUAGUUUGAGGCUUUGAUUGUCGAUUUGGGGUGAUCUAGGUGAUAGUUUUGCACAUUUUGGCUUGGUAGAUCUGGUUUAAGUUUUGAUCUUUUUGGUGAAAUCUUGCUCCCAGAAGUGUCUUCUGAACUUGGUUUUAUUCAAUUUGCCUUGAACUUGGGUUCGUUUGAAGACUUGUAAAGUGUUUGGAUAGGACUAAUAAAGUAGCCAAUAGACACUAGCCGUCAAUUCAUAGGGAAUUUGAACAUUUGCAUUUUGAUUUGGGUCCACGAAACAAUUACGGAAUUGCGUAUUGGGGGUGGAAUUAUGAACUGUUGCAUGGUUUUCACUUUUCCGUGAUAAUUGGAAAUUUGCUCGUCGGUGAUUCGGGAAAUUUGACAAUGGAAGUAUAGUAGCACAUUUAGUUUCAGCUGGAAGACUACCAAGGGAGAUGGCUUCAACAUCACCUUCUCCAAACUCUUCCCCUUCUGCAGUUCCACCAACUUCCACUGCAUCCUCACCUCCAUCCCCACCUUCUUCUUCUCCUCCUCCUCCAUCAAAUCCUUCAAGCACUUCACCCCCUCCUUCAACUUCUCAGCCCACUCAAACUUCUGAUCCCCCAGUUGCUUCAACCCCACCGCCACAGUCUCCUUCUCCUCCAACAUUGCCUGCCUCUCCCCCUCCAUCCCCGCCGCAAUCAUCGGAGCCACCAACUUCGCCACCGCCAUCUCCUCCUGCAUCUCCGCCACCAUCACCACCUGCAUCAGCACCACCCCCAUCAACUCCUGCUUCUGCACCUCCCCCAUCUCCUCCUACUUCGUCACCACCACCACCAGCGCCUCCUGAUGCAGCCCCACCGCCAUCGCCUCCUGCCAGUCCUCCUCCAGCUCCAGCUGCGGCUACUCCACCCACUCCGGAUUUGUCCCCACCUCCUCCAUCAAGAGAUUCUCCUACUCCCAAAGCCUCUCCAACACCUCCAGCAGUAACCCCACCUCCUCCUGAAACUGUUUCACCUUCCCCACCUCCUCCAGCCAAAGUUCCAACACCUCCUUCUUCAAAUUCUCCUCCUCCACCAAAAAUUGUGGCGCCGGAUAAGUCUCCUCCUGCUCCUGUUCUUCCACCUCCUCCAACUGUUUCUCAAUCCGCUCCUCCCCCAGCUGAUACUGUUCCCCCAGGAUCCACAUUGCCAUCACCUCCUCCUUCAGACCCCUCAUCCUCUUUACCACCUCCUCUUUCAUCGCCCCCUGCUCCACCUGGUAAUUCUUCAAAUCCCAUUCCUUCACCCUUCCCAACCAUCCCAACACAGAAGCCUACUGCUAAAUCAACUACCAAUACCAAUAUGACAGCAAAUUCUUCAUCUAAAGGUUCUGGAGGAUUAAACACUGGAGGAGCUGUUGCAAUUGGUAUUGCAGUUGGGUUUGUAGUGCUCAGUCUUCUUCUGAUGGCUGUGUGGUUUGUACAGAAACAGAAGAAAAAGAGAAAUAAAGCUAAUGGCUUUGGCAUGCCCUCUCCAUUUGCAUCCUCCCAAAAUUCAGAGUCAUUAUUUCUGAGGCCGCAUUCUCCAGCUCCCCGUGUAGCAAGUGGAUCUGGUAGCGAUUUUAUGUAUUCUCCAUCUGAGCCAGGAGGUGUAAACAAUUCAAAGGCAUGGUUCACAUAUGAAGAUCUACUCCAGGCUACAGAUGGGUUCUCAACAUUGAAUCUUUUGGGUGAAGGUGGAUUUGGUUGUGUAUAUAAAGGUAUUCUUGCAGAUGGAAGAGAAGUUGCUGUUAAACAGCUAAAAAUUGGUGGUGGACAGGGAGAACGUGAGUUCAGAGCAGAAGUUGAAAUUAUUAGCAGGGUACACCAUCGCCAUUUGGUUUCCCUCGUGGGUUAUUGUAUAUCUGAGCAUCAAAGGCUGCUCGUUUAUGACUAUGUUCCAAACAAUACCCUUCAUUACCAUCUUCAUGGCGAAGGAAGACCUGUAAUGGAUUGGGCAACCAGAGUCAAGGUUGCUGCUGGUGCAGCUCGUGGAAUAGCUUACUUACAUGAAGAUUGCCAUCCUCGCAUUAUACAUAGGGAUAUAAAGUCAUCAAACAUUCUUUUGGAGAACAACUUCGAUGCACGGGUUUCAGAUUUUGGGCUUGCAAAGUUAGCAUUGGAUUCGAAUACACAUGUGACCACACGUGUGAUGGGUACCUUUGGAUACAUGGCUCCAGAGUAUGCAACUAGUGGCAAGUUGACUGAAAAGUCUGAUGUUUAUUCUUUUGGGGUUGUGCUUUUGGAGCUAAUUACAGGUCGUAAGCCUGUGGAUGCCUCUCAACCAGUAGGUGAUGAGAGCCUAGUGGAAUGGGCUCGACCAUUGCUUGCACAGGCGCUUGAUAAUGGGGAUUUUGAAGAGUUGGCAGAUCCUAGACUGGAAAAGAAUUAUCUUGAAAACGAAAUGUUUCGAAUGAUUGAGGCAGCUGCAGCUUGUGUGCGUCAUUCCGCUGUGAAGAGGCCAAGGAUGGGACAGGUGGUGAGAGCUUUAGAUUCCUUGGAUGAUAUCUCAGACCUCAGCAACGGAAUGAAACCCGGUCAAAGUGAAGUUUUUGAUUCAGCACAACAAUCAGCACAAAUCAGAAUGUUUCAAAGGAUGGCAUUUGGCAGCCAAGAUUACAGUACAGAAUACUUCAACCAAAGCCAUAGUAGCUGGAGGAGUAGAGAACACAGUGACCAAACCCAGAGUAACAGGACGAGUAGAGAGCAAGGAAACAAGAGUACAGUUAUAAACAUAAUAGAUCUGGGAUAUGGAACAACUACUGAGAAACAAAGUUGAAGGCUAAACCUUGCAAAACAAAAAGUGGUUUCCAACUUCUAGCUAUAUUUGAAUAAUACAAUUUAAUACCCUUUAUUGAGAUCUUGGAAUACAGGCUUUGUUCCUCAUUUUUUGUAAAUUAUAUGCAAAUUGUUUCACCCUUUUUUUUUUUUUUUUUUUGGUUGAUUUCUUUCCUAACAUGAUUUUGUUGAAAGGCUGCCUUGAUUUGUAUUCUUUGUAAUUUAACAAUCGUUUAUACGGCAUUUUUUUUUAUAUUUAUUUAUAUAUAUUGAUUUUAUAGAGAUUUAUCCUUUUCCUGA